UCCCCCGCCAUGACACUUUCCAGUUAAUGUUUUUUUAUCUCAUGAGAAGGAAAGAGAAUAUAUAGGAUCUAGUCUAGUUGAUAAAUUCGUCUGUGAAAAUGGCAGGAAGGAGUUUACCCCUUUUGUUCACCAACACCAUCAAAACCACUGUCUCCCGUAUCCCCAGUGUCUCAGUCAUCACUCGAUCAAACGCAUCCUGGGAGCCUCAGGACAAGAUCACCCACACGGGUCAAAUUUUUGAUCCUGAAGAUAAGAGACUCGUACGUUUCGUCGACAGACCCAAAGAGGUUAACGAUCGUUGGGCGAUUAAUUUGAUCGAUGAGGUUCCUCCGGCUACGACUGAAGCAAGAAUUGUCUGUUGCAAUGGGGGUGGAGGACCUCUGGGUCAUCCAAAGGUCUACAUAAAUCUGGAUAAACCUGGAAAUCAUGCCUGCGGAUACUGUGGCCUCAGAUUCACCAAGGAAGAUCAUCAUUAGGUCUCGAUAUUAUUGUCGUAGAACCAUAAAUAAAGAUAGUCUAAAUAAUUUCACCAGAUUAAAAAACAGCUGAUUUUAGAAAUUGGUAGUCUGUCUUUCCCAAUUUUAUUCAAAAUAAAUUACUGUUGAACAGAUAAAACUAUUGUUGGUUGAAAUUAUACUUUAGUUAUUGUAAAAGACGUUUUGUUGGAUUAAAUUUUUUUCGAUUCGUAACUGCAAUAAAUUAAAUUUAUGUCAUUAUAAAAAUCAAGUCGGUUAUUGAUCUUAUGAGUAAAUAUAUAUUUAUCUAUCACAA